AUGCCAGGACCCUUCCCUGGGGGAUUGCCGAGUCCGUCUAGAGACAACGAUACAGCAGAGCUGUCGAUGGACAUGCUAUUGUUCGACCAGAACAUGUCUUUCGUGGGAAACAACGACGGCUACGGAUCCUUCUAUCCGAUGUGGUCCUCACCAGUGGACAACGACCUCACCGACCCGUCCAAGCACAACAAUUGGAACCUACCUACCCCUCCCCCAGUUGCGGACAUGCACCAGCUUCCGUUCCCAAAUAGUUGGUCCGAUGCAAGCAUAACGCGAAGUCCUACGACCAUUGAGGCUAGGUUGAAUGGGUUCGAUAGCCGCAACGGCUCAUCGGAUCACACUGGUAGUCUUGGAGCAUCAUCCACGAUAGUCCAGUCCCCGAUGCAGGUGCGUAUCAGUUCACAAAUCUUCUUCAACAGUCUUAUAAGAUUCUUGGAUUCUGACAUUUUGGCAGUGCAAAGACCAAGGCGACGGAUCAUACUUCAUGUUUCCAGCUUCACUGCCGAAUUUCUAUAGCGGCAACUUCAGAAACUCCCAGGACUCUCGACCCUCGACAACUGCAUCUGCCAUGAGCUCGUUCAGCACGUUCCCAAGUGGCCAAGUGCCGAACAGCUUCACACAAACAAACACAUCUCCAAUGCCUCUGCUCCCUUCCAGAUGCUCAUGCUACAGCAGCAUCCUGCAACGACUUUCCGAGCUCAAGGACGAGAAAGCAAAAUUCCUCUCCACCAGGAUCGACACCAUCAUGAAGCUCGAAAAGGACGUACGAAUCCAGACCCAGACUAUGCUGAAGUGCGAUAUGUGCACUCACGAGCGUUCGAGAUCCCUCCUCCUGGCAAGCGUACUACUGGAGAGCAUGAUUGAUUUGCUUGAAGGCGUACCAGCGAGCGAUAGCCGCAGGCCAGUCGACGCCAGAUCCGAACUUGCAAUCCUUCGGAGACAGAGCAUGCCGGCAUACAUGCAUUCAAAUACGGAAACUGGCCGACUCGUCCUCGGAGAGUACGAGAUCAGUGGCGAAGAGAAGCUGGGAUUCCUACGCCACCUCCUGCAUACCCGCUUGAAUGAGCUCGCCAAUCUUACGCGACAGCUGCAGGAGCAUACGGAGACACUCGGCCCAGGCUCGACUGCGAUUCUCACGAUUCUGGCAGGAUGUAGCCAGCGAAUUCACGCCAUCAUGAGCCGGCUACAGAACUGA